CCCGCAACCCUGCGUGUAUUCGCAGAGGCCUGUAGCUGAAGGACGUCAGAGGCGCUGCAGCUCGGAGAGGGUGUGUUAAAGUGUGGUUUUGCUCUUAAAUUGUGAGAACUAAAUUCAGAGAGAGGAACUGAAGCUCCCUUUUUACUGAUAGCAAAAGUUUGCCCCAAUCACAAGCUGCGAAAUUACAAGCUCAGCAGCACUGAAGCAGCAGCCGCUGGCAGGAUCAAGAGGCAUCAUGAAUUCAACUAAAGCAUAUCCUGACAAUUACCCCUCCAACUAUAGCAUCCUACCUGAAGAUACAACUGAAGCAUAUGAAAACUAUUACUACCCCAACUAUGACAUCCAACCCAUAGCAACAACUGCAGAUUCACCAACUUGCAGCGAUGCAACUUGUAUAUUCUUGGCAACAGUCCUCGUGAUCAUCUUCAUCCUGGGUUCUGCAGGAAACGCUGUGGUGAUCUGGAUCGCUGGGUUUAAGCUGAAGAAGUCGGUCAACACCACCUGGUACCUGAGUCUGGCUGUGUCCGACUUCCUGUUCUGCUUUUCCCUGCCCUUCACUGUGGUCUACAGAAUCAAAGACGACUGGAUCUUCGGACUCUUCAUGUGCAAGUUCAUUUCCUUCAUCAUGUUCCUCAACAUGUUCAGCAGCAUCUUCCUCCUGGUCAUCAUCAGCGUGGACCGCUAUGUGGCUGUUAUAUUUCCAGUGUGGGCGCAGAACCGCCGCACCAUCAGAAAGGCCUCUGUGAUCGUCUCGCUGGUCUGGAUCAUCUCAGCAGGAAUCAGCACACCAUCAUUCACCUUCCGCGAUGUUCAGCCUGAUUACGUAAAGCAAACGAAAACCUGUUUCAAUGAUUAUAAGCAUGACCAAGACCAUGUCAUAGUAGUGGUGUUCCGGUUUGUUUUUGGAUUUUUGAUGCCUUUCCUGAUCAUCAUCGCCUGUUACGUCGUCAUCAUAAGAAAGCUGAAGAUCAACCAAUCAGCGAAGACCAAAAAGCCCUUCAAGAUCAUGACGGCACUGAUCGUUACUUUCUUCCUCUGCUGGAUACCCUUUCACAUUGUUGCUUUGAUGGAACUAAACCAUGAGAAAUAUGAUGGAAGUUUUCUUCACGUUGGACAAGUGAUUGGCGUCACUUUAGCCAGCGCUAACAGCUGUCUGAACCCGUUUCUGUAUGCGUUCAUGGGGAAGGACUUUAAGAGGAAGUGUUCUGCUCUUCUGUCGAAGAUUGAGAAUGCAAUCGACGAGGAAGGCAGGAGCACAAUGCGAGCAACCUCCUUCACCACCUCUGGAGAAAAAAGAUUUUCAACUACUGUUUGAAUUUUUACGGACUAUCAAAUUAUACAACUUUAAACCCAAAAAAACAGCAAUAAAGAAGCACCUUUUCUCAGUGUAUGUAGCUUAGAUUCUUGCAAAAGUGCAAGAAAAACAAUAAAAAAAUGCAAUAGGGCACCUAUUGGUCCAGCGCUUGAAUCAGUGUUCAUAUCCUGCCAAUCAUGCAACUUGCCAUCGGCUGCAGGAGCCCUGAGAGAGCCUCCUUGGUCUCUCUCUGGGUGGGUACUUACAGUAGAUGGCGCUUUCUCUUUCCCCUCAUCACAUAGGGUGAUGUGGAUCAGCACAAGGCUGCAUCUGUGAGCUGAUGUAUCAGAACCGAGUCGCUGCACUUUCCUCCGAGUGCUACUCAGCAGUGCUGCAGCUAUCAGCAGCAGUUCAAUUGCUAAAGAUCUAGUUAAAUUACAGCUGAUUGUGACGUUAUGCUACAUCACAAGAAGUUU